AUGCUCGUUUUGAUGACUUGGCCGUCGCUGCCGUCUUUGUUCUGUUCUUUCCUGUUCCUGCUGCAAUUGGGUCAUGCUUCGGAACAUGGGCCGCUCGUGGCCCCACCAGCGAGCCGCCAGGAGAAGGCCUCCUUGUUUUCCUUCAACGACACAUGGCACGUCCUAGGGCCAUUUCAGAUAGGGACUAGAGAGGCGACAUGGGGGGCGGAUCCACUCGAGUACUAUGGCGGCUUCAGGAACCUCCAAUAUGACCCCAAGGCAACAUUUCGAAGCUCAUUGCCUACUAAUGGGACCGCGUCAUGGAACGUCACCCAAGCCGUGCGGGCCAUGAGCGAUGCCACGUCGGCCAACGCCUCCUUGAGUGUAGCCUACUCCAACAUUGACUGGGACUUCUUAAAGGUCGUGUACGGAUGGGCUGCUGUUCAAUAUCAGGCCUGGGCUCGGGGCGAGCUCAUCGUCGGCGGCAACGAAACUCAACAUCUAAUCCUGCACACGGAUGCUAUCCUGGAAUACUGGGUGGAUGACCAGCACUACUUUGGAGGAGAUUUCUAUACGUACCGCAAGGCACCUCCUGUUCUGCAUCUCAAACCUGGCUCACACAGAAUUGAUCUCCGUCUGGCCCGCGAUGUGAGAGCUUUUGGCGGCAUCCUGGAGCCUACCAUUGACGUCGUUGUUGACGUACAGAAGAUUACCGGAUCUUUGGAGCUUGCGAGGCCUGGCAUCCUAGUGUCAGAUGUCAUUGGCGGAAAGCUCGCCUCGUCGAUUGGUUCAGUGUAUUUGAGGAAUUCCGGGGAAGAGGAUAUUGAAAUCCUGAGCAUACAACACUCAAGUGUGAGCUCUCACGUCUCUUUCGCGGGGCCAGCAGUGGAUGCUCAGUUACUGUUACAUGGGGAUACUGAUAUUGCUGACCAGGACGGCUUUCAUGCGCAGAAUGACUCGUAUAUGUCUGUUACUAUCGUUGCCGGCCAGACGAGGCCCAUCGCCUUCAAUGUGUCGCUCCUCGCCAAUAACGAUUCAUCUGUGAAUUAUAACAUCACGUACAGGACGAUUAGUGGUAAACGUAAAAAUACCCUACAUGCAUCACAAAAUCUGAAUCAUGUCGAUCUCUACAAACCCCACAAAGUCACCUACCUUCACCCCGGUGGCAUGGUCUCGUACGCUAUGCUUCGACCUCCGGCGAAGAACGCAACGUGCUCAUCUGGGCAAGCAAAAUUGCCUGUGUUGCUGCAACUCCAUGGAGCUGGUCUUGAGGCUGAUAAUCCCAUGGUUACUGGUGCCCUGGAUCCUGUUUCCGAUCUCUGUGCAUGGGUGCUGUUUCCAACAGGUGUUACACCGUGGUCUGGCGACGACUGGCAUAAUUGGGGUUUCGCCGACGUCGAAGCUGCAAUAGCAGCUAUUUCAGGCUGGAUCGACAAUAAUCACUGGACAGGUUACGAUAUUGACACAGGCCGCUGGAUUGUCUCAGGACACUCCAAUGGUGGGCAGGGUACUUGGUUUGCCCUUACUCACAGGCCUGAUAAGGUGCUCGCUGCAGCACCAGUCUCCGGCUACACCAGUAUCCAGAUGUACGUACCAUACCACUUGUGGCAAGCUGCAGAUCCAGAGCGUACAGCGGUCAUAAGUGCAUCCCUGAACAGCUACCGUCACGAGAUGCUGAUGCCAAAUGCCCAUGGCAUACCUGUCCAGCAGCAGCAUGGUCAAAUUGACGACAAUGUUCCAGCAUAUCAUUCUCGCCUACUUGCAGAACAGCUGUACCGCACGGGAGUCAGUUCUGGGGUUACGAGAGCCAACGCUACCUACAACGAAGUGCCAGGGCAAAACCAUUGGUGGGACGGCGUCAUGACUACACCAGAACUGGUAGACUUCUACUAUACCCAAGCAAAGAAUGACGAUGUUCUGCCGCGGAAGAUGGAACACUUCCUCAUCAUGGUCGGUGACCCCGGAGACAUGGGGAGCAAGAAUGGAAUUCAAGUGAAGCAGUUAGAGGACCCAGGACGCUAUGGAAAGGUUGGCGUUCGUGGGCACGUCAUCAAAACAUCGAACGUACGAAGUCUUGAGUUCAGUCCUACCCUCUGGAAGGAUUCGGUGUCAAUCGACGGACAUGAUUUGAGUUUAGCAGGGACAGCAACAACGAACGUCUCUGCAAUCAAUGUCUAUAAGUCAGAAAAUGGUUGGAGUGUUGGUGCACGUGCUGCAGAGUCUGCGGAAUUCGAAAGGGGUGGCCGACAGCUGGGCUCCAUGACCGCUAUUCUUCGUACCCAAGGGUCGUUCAUCAUCCAGCACCCAGGCUCUGCUAACUCAUCUCGCCUUGCGUUGCAGAUUUCACGCAAUCUACACCAGUAUUUCCAAGCAGACACUAGUGUGGUCUCUUCCGCAUCAGAUCCUGUUUCUUCCGACCCCACUGGCAACGUUAUCACUCUAGCUACUGGCUCCAGCCUUGAGACUAGUCAGACAGGUUUCCCAGUUCAUGUCGCAAAAUCCGGGAUUACCAUCCGGGAUUAUCGAGGGCAAGAGCAUCGAUACGGCGAGGAGGCCAGAGGUGCAGCGUUCCUGCGACCACUUGAAGGCGAGCGCCUUGAGCUUGUUCUAUGGGGUAUCGAUGACGAGGGGUUGCGACAGGCGUCUCGGAUCGUUCCUAUGCUCACGGGUGUCGGGCAGCCCGAUUUUGUUGUUUUUGGUGAAAGCGCAAAGUGGAAGGGUGUUGAGGGUGUGUUAGCUAUGGGCUUUUUCGACUCUGACUGGGAGGUUACUCCAAGUAGUAUCAUAGAGAGUAGUUAA